AUGGCCCCAGGCGCCGGGCGACACGACGACGGGGAGUUUGACCAUUCCCAGAACGACGAGCUGCGUAUGUGCGGGAUGGCCGGAGAUGAUGAGGACGAUGAUGUCCGCGAGGACGCUGCCGUGCUCUUCGGCCGUUCUGCUGCUGAUCCCCUUCCCGUCGACGACUCCGACCCCCCAGUCGACCUUCAGGGCAGGAGGAAGGAGAGCUUGGACAGAUCAGACAGAAUCCUCAUCAAGCGGGUCAACAGAGUGGAUAAGCAGGCAGGCCUUGAUUAA